AUGAGUUAUCAAGAGCAUCAACAGGAGAACCAUAAGAAUGGAUGCUACGAUGCCAGUCAGGAUGGGGAAUUUGUCGAGCAUGAUGAUGAACCCAGUCAGGAGAAUCGUCAAAGAGGCAAUGAGGAUGAGCGAAACCGCGGAUCCAAUGGGCGUACCAUUAAUCGUAAAAUAAGUGACCAAUGGACGCGGUGUAAAAGAAAGCUUACGCGCAAUUCAACAUGUUCUACAACUGUUGAGAUCUGGAACUUGAUCAACAAGACAUCCGUGGACGAAGCCCGUAUUCACAUUCUUUAUUGUCCACGCCCCUGGUGUCUUCGAUUUGUUCCCUUAAUCGGCAAGAGCAGAUUAGUUGGAUGCAAUAUCUCAAAUAUUUUGCCCAGCAACGGCCAUGAAGUUAGCGAAGAGACUCAAAGACAUACCACAAGAGCCCCAUCAGAUACUCCCCUUCUACGAUUUUUCCGGGUCAGGAAGGCUUCGGAAACUUUACAUUUCUUGAGAAUGGAUAUCGGUGCAUAG